UCCGGGAAAAUUCCGUCGAUCGGACAUGAUGCAUGUAUAUAAAACUCUACAUACCCAUUCAUGACUCAUAUCACACAUAUCAAUUAUCAUCGAGCAGUAGCUGGAUCAGUCCAUCGCAAACUAUCGUCCAUAGCGUACCCCACAAACAGCGUCUCUAAAGUCUAAAAAUGGAAUUGGGUAUUACGGAGUGGAUCAUCACGAUCCUAGUCCUUCUCUCCCUAAUCUACUACUACUUCGUGAAGAAAUACAAUACCUGGAAGUCCCUGGGGAUAUCAGGGCCCUCCCCAAUCCUCUUCUUCGGCAACAUGAAGGACCUGAUGACAGGAAAUGUCAGUUGGGCGAAAUUCCUAGAGAAUCUCUACAACGAGUACCCAAACGAUCCAGUAAUUGGAAUUUACGCUCACCGUGAACCCGUCCUGAUAAUUCGCGACCUGGAGCUCAUAAAAUCAGUCCUCAUAAAGGACUUCAGCAAUUUCGUGGAUCGAGGAACGAAAACCGAUCCCCACGACGUUCUCUCGAAUCAUCUCUUCUCCCUGGAGCCAAAACGAUGGCGUCCACUGAGGAUGAAGUUGUCCCCAGUGUUCACCUCAGGAAAACUCCGGGACAUGUUCUACCUGAUGAACGAGUGUGCAAAUCGCCUGGAGAAAUACCUGGACGAUAUCACCGGUGAGUGCAUCGACAUGCGAGAUAUUGCAGGAAAAUAUGCAACAGAUGUGAUCGGUAUCUGUGCAUUUGGUGUUGAAGCGAAUGCCCUGGAGAAGGAGAACAGCGUCUUCCGGAGGAUGGGUUUGCGUUUGCUCCAGACGAUAACGAGCUGGAAGACAAUGAUCAAGAUGUACCUGUUGGAAAUGGCUCCACCAGUCUACCAUCUGAUCGGUGGAUUAUUCAGGGAUCAGGAGAUGCAGAAUUUCUUUGUUAAUCUCACCCGGGACACGAUAGAGUACAGGAAGAGGAUGGGCAUCACGAGACACGAUUUUAUCGAUCUCCUGAGAUCCCUCAGGGAUGAGCCAAGCCAGAUCGAUGAUGUAGAGCUGACAGAUGGCCUCCUAGCAGCACAACUCUUCGUCUUCUUCUUCGCGGGAUUCGAGACCUCUUCCUCGACCAUCAGCAAUUGCCUCCUGGAGCUCGCGAUUAAUCACGAUAUUCAGGACAAACUGCGGGAGGAAAUAAAAAAUGAAAUAAACAACGGGGAAAUCACGUACGCGGGAAUCAAGAGGAUGAAGUACCUGGACAUGGUCGUCAAGGAAACCCUCAGGAAAUAUCCACCUCUGGUGAUGCUCAUGAGAAAAUCAGCCGACGAAUACACCUUUCCUGGGACUAACAUCACCAUUCCCUCGAAGACUGGAAUUUUAAUACCGAUUUAUGCGAUUCAGAGGGACCCCAGGUAUUUUCCUGACCCCGAGGUAUUCAAUCCUGAUAAUUUUAGUGAGGAUAAUGUCAAGACGAGAAACCCCAUGACGUAUCUAUCCUUCGGUGAUGGCCCCAGGAAUUGCGUUGGCGCACGAUUUGGAAGUAUUCAGACCAAAGUAGGCAUCGUCAAGCUUCUGCAGAGAUUUGUUAUCGAUGUUUGUGACAAAACUGAUAAGGAGUACACCCUGAAUAAUCGGGCUUUCAUGUUGACACCGAAGAAUGGAAUUAUUCUGAGAGUCUGUAAGUUAUCGGAUUGAUUGGGCGAUUAGAUCGUAAUUGUAUGGCGUAUUAUUUCUCUCGGGAGUGAAUAAAUAAUUUGUUUAUA